UAAACACUGCUUAAAUCAAUAAUGUGUCCCUAUCCCCAUGGUUUAAACAAACCUCUAUCAUUUUCAGUCUGGAUUCUGACAUCAUGAAGACUCUUUUGAUUUUGUUUGUUUUAAUGAAUUUGGACAAACUGCUGAAGACAGGACGCUGCACAGAAACACAAGACCAAAUUCUGUCAAUCACCCCAGAAACACAGGAACAAGUGGAUGUCGUGAAGAAUGUUUCCACUCAGUAUGAGACAGCUUUAUGGCAGCCUGUGUCGCCUCAGUACAUCAAAGAAGAAACUGAGGUCCACCUGUUUGUUCCUGCAAACAGCUCAGAGACUGUCAAGGAUCUGCUACAGAAACACGCCAUAACACACGAGGUGUUAUUGGCCAACGCCAACGAGUUGAUUGAAAUGCAGACGAGAAACAACUCCACCGACCCACGAAGCAGCUCAACUUUCUACGAGAGAUAUCACAGUCUCGAGGAUAUCUAUCUUUGGAUAAAUAGGACCCAACAGGACAACCCCAACACGGUCAAAGCCAUUCUCAUUGGCUCCUCAUAUGAGAAGCGACCACUCUACGUUCUGAAAUUGUCUGUAAACAACAGGCCGAAUAAGAAAGCAAUGUGGAUCGACUGUGGUAUCCAUGCCAGAGAGUGGAUCUCUCCUGCUUUCUGCUUAUGGUUUGUACAGAAUUCUCUGUCAUUUUACAAGCUAAACCAAGACAUCACUCGCAUCUUGGACAACAUGGAUGUCUACAUCCUGCCUGUUAUGAACCCUGAUGGAUACCAGUACACAUGGACAACAAACAGGAUGUGGAGGAAGAACCGCUCUGCCAGCAAGAGGAGCAACUGCAUCGGAGUCGACCUCAACAGAAAUUUUGAUGCCAACUGGUGCACGGAGGGAGCCUCUGAUGAGCCAUGCUCUGAGAUUUACUGCGGCGCGUUCCCUGAGUCGGAACCAGAGUCGCAGGCCGUGGCCAACUUCCUGCGCAGUCACAAGGACUCAGUUCAGUUGUACUUCAGCAUCCACUCCUACUCUCAGAUGCUCCUCUUCCCUUACUCUUACACCUUAGAUGAAGCAGAGAACCACAAAGACCUGCUUGAGUUGGCCCAAAAAGCUGCCCAGGCAAUCGGAAGAUAUUACAGGAACACCUACAAAUACGGCCCUGGAGCAAAGACAAUAUACUUGGCUCCUGGUGGUUCUGAUGACUGGGCGUACAACCUUGGCAUCAAAUACUCCUUCACAUUUGAGCUCCAGGACCGCGGGCGUUACGGCUUCCUCCUGCCACCGUCUCUCAUUUCCAGGGCCUGCAAUGAAGCUCUGAUCGCUGUGAAGACCAUUGCUGUCAAGGUCAUAGAGAAAACACAAGCUCCAACAAGUCCACCUUAAACCCUCUGGGCAGUUACACAGAAAAGCAUAAAGACAUAGAAGCUGUGGACAA